CUGUGCAGUUUGCUACAUUGUUGUUUCUUAACGUCCUUUCAUUUUAUUAUAAAACUCACAUUCAGAUUAUUCUCAAUUCCAAAACAUGAGUCAGAAUGACAAUAAAAACCUAAUUCCAUUAGGUCUGCUUCUCUAAUGUUCCUUUGCCAAAUAUUUUCAUGUUGCACAUUUGAUUCCUUUUCCUCUUCUCCUGUUGAUCUUUUUCCCACAUAGAAGGAAUAAUUUCAUGCUAAAUCCUCACAUCUUUAUAUUUUUUCUUCUGCUCAUUUCCAUACAGAUGUUAUUUUUUUCUUUUAAGGGCAGUUGGACAUCACUUGCUAGUGGAGCAAUGAUUGCUCAUGUGAAGGUAGUGGUGAUCUGUCUUCUUUCUGUGUUCCUUGGGGUGUAGGCACAUUCAUAGUGUUGCCAGGAAGGGAGUUCCAGCAUCUUGACAAAGCAACAACGCAGAAUGGUUGUGAGGCUCCAAGUCAGAAUAGUGUAUGGCUAGGAGGGAAAUUUGCGGGUGAUAGUGUUCCCAAGCAUCUGCUGCUGUUAUAUCUUUAGGUAGUUGAGGUCCUGGGUUUAGAAAUUGCUGUUGAUGGAGACAUGGUAAAUGUCUGUAGUGCAUCAUGUAGCUGGUACACACUGCUGCCAUUGUGCAUUGGUGAUAAAGGGAGUGAGUGCUGAAAGUGAUUAAUGUGAUGCCAAGCAAGUGGGCUAUUUUGUCCUGAUCGGCAUUGAAUUUCUUCAGAGUUGUUGGUGUUGCACUCAUCCAACCAAGUGGGGAAUAAUCCCUCAUAAUCCUGACUUAUGCUUUGCUUGGAUAUGAGUUGCUUAUCAAGGAACUCCCAGUGUCUGACCUGCUCUUGUAGCCCAGAAUUCAUGUGGCUAAUCCAGUUCAGUUUUUCAUCAAUGGUAAAACUGAGAUGUUGAUCGUGAGGGAUUGAGUGAUGGCAAUGCCUUUCAAUAAUAUUAAAGAGGGUAUGGUUGGACUCUCUCUUGCUGAAGGUGAUCAUUUCCUGGCAAUUGAAUGUCAUUAAUGUUACUUGCUGCUUACCAAUCCAACCUGAGUGUCGUCCAAGUCUUGCUGAUGCCUAAGGACUUACAAGUGGUGCUGAACAUCAUGCUAUCAUCACUGUACGUCCCCACUUCUAAUGUUUAAUGGAGGGUAGGUCAUUGAAGAAGCAGAUGAAGAUUGAGGACAUCUGAAAUAAUGUUUUGGGACACCAGUGAUUGACUUCGAAUGACCAUAACCACGUUCAAAAAAAAACUACAGUGCUGCAGAUGCAGAAACAAAAACAGGAAUUGCUGGAAAAGCUCAGCAGAUCUGGCAGCAUCUGUGGAGAGAAAGCAGACUCAAUGUUUUGAGUCCAGUGACCAUUCUUCAGGAUCUGACUCAUAUCCUGCUUCUGUCUCACAGCUGAAAAGUAUCUGAAGAAGGAAUACUGAACCCCAAAUGUUCACUCUGCUUUCUCUCCACGGAUGCUGACACAAACACUUCCCUUUGGGCUAGGCAUAAAUCCAACCAAUGGAACACUUUCCCUGCUGCUUACCAAUUCUGCUUAGGCUCCUUGAUGCCAUAUCCAGUCCAACCUUGUCAAGAGCACUCACAUCAUCUUCUACUUAUUGACUUUCUCCAAAAGUUCACCUCCCUUGCUUCUCCCUCUCUUGUACUGAGGGCCAGUGCUGACAACCUUGCUGGUAGUUUCCAGCACCCAACCCUCUCUUUCUCAGCACAAGGUGGGUUCUCAGCUUUAGCGUUUUCCUGUAGAUCCCACUCUUUCUGUCGCCCAGAGCCAGGUGGAGUUGUAGCUUCGCUACAUCCAGCAGUGGGUGCUGUCCGCGCUUGAAUUAUCGCCCAGUCCGCCUCCCUCUCUCAGCUGAGGAAGGCCUUAGAGUCACAGCUCCUCGUGAUGACAUUCAACUUCACAUUACAGUUCUCUCCGUUUAGAAAUGGGGAAGUUUUUUUUACUGGACAAGUGCCCUCUCGGCGCGGCUCGGCGCCCUCCUCACAGAAUAGAACAGACUUUGUUUCACACUUUUCUGACAGUUUCUGCACUGACUGUCAACAUAGUCUUCAUAACGUGCAAUGCGGAAUUGCUGUUGACUGGUUUACCAAUGAAACUAUUUCAACAGUUCAUCUAUUUUUUUUGCUGGGGGUGGGGAAAUUUUAGAAAACAAAAUCUGUCAGAUCCAGAAAUGCAACACGCACCGUUUUCCUCCAGUCAAUACUGCCUCUCCACCCCUCCCUCUCUGUCCAUGGGCUUAGCUUUAAAGAAAACAAGCCAUUCCUGCAGUAACACCUCACAUUGAAUUUCCAAUGCACUUCCACAUAAGCAAGAAAAAGUCAGCCGUUGGGCAGAACAGCUGAGCGUUUGCAUGCUGAUUCAUUCGGCAAUGUUACUUUGCAAGUAUUUGCCGGCUGAAGUUGCAGUAUUUUGCAAUCUUGCGGCAGUUUCCCCUGCUAAUGUUUUCUCUCAUCUAUAAUAAUGCACUCAGUGAUGUAAAUAUUCUGCGCUCCGCCAUUUUGAUAAAUAUCCCUGUUCUGCAAAGGUUUUCUUUGGGGGGGGGGAACCAAAUCCUUCCUUGUUUGUUCAGGGUAUUUUUUUUUGCCUUUUGGAGAAAGUCAAUGAAGAGAAAUUGCGAAGUCUUUGUUUUUGUCCAGCAGCAAGAGGACAGCAGCGCCUGGUUUGGGUUCGCUGUGGGAGAGGGAGGAGGAGGAGGUGAAGGGUUCGCUGCUGUGUUCAGUUGAGUUUCCACUUGUUUUCCAGCCAACCAUCGUUGAAGAGGGAGCAGGAUGAAUGCUGGUGAUAUGCUGGAGGGGCCUGUCAGGAGGAGAGUAACAGAUGGAGGUCUUCUGAUAGGAUCCAGUACCAUCCCCGCACAAGUAAUGGCAGAAGUUAGCCAGCCCCUCAACCUGACAGUAAGUAAUUCAGAAGGAGGGACGAUGAUGUCUGAAGAAAAAGGCUGGCAGGCUGUACCAAUCAAAAUUGAAAGAAUGGAUGAAGAAGCUGAAUCAAGCAGUGCAGCUGAUGUGCAGGACUUCGAUAUAUAUAGUGCCAUGGAAUGGAAAAAUGGAGUGGGUAUCUUGCCUGGCAGUGACCUAAAGUUUCGAAUGAAUGAAUUUGGAGCCCUGGAAAUUAUUACGACUGAAGAACAGGAUGGAGCUUCCAGUGCACAGAUUGCUGAAGAGCCGACAAAUAUAAGGAUUAGUGCUUACAGUGAAGCAUCUAAUGUUCAAGAAGGCAUUACCGAAGGUGGUGGUGCAAAUGACGUGUCCCACAUGGAAGGCAUCUGCUGCUGUGAAAACUGUGGAAGGUAUCGGAUAAUGGAGGAGUUCAAUCAACAAGAUUGUUUUUGUGGCACAAACUGUCAGCAACAAUACACAGAUCAACAGCCCAUUGUGGACUUUGUACCAAUCAAGCGAAAUGCUGGAACAAUACUGAAAUGCAUCAAAAAGCGAAACAGGAAAGUGAGUGUGAACGUAAAGGAAGAUUCUGAUGAAGAUUUUGAAGAUGGCCACAUGGAGGAAGUGCAAGAUGAUGGAAAAAUGAAGAUAAAAAUGUCUGCAGUGCUGACUAACCACAGUAACUUCAAAAACAGUCGCCUUUUUGACCCAGAUUCCAAGUUCACAAAACAGGCUGUGCCACUUACUGGAAAGAAAAAGGCUUGGUCCUGGGUACAAUAUCUUGAAGAAGAAAAAGCAUUAGCAGCACUUCCUAAACUGUUUAAAGAGUUUCAGUUAGUUCCUCAGAUUAAAAAUGGAUUUAAAGUAGGCAUGAGGUUGGAAGGGAUUGACCCACGGCACCCCUCCAUGUUCUGUGUGUUGUCAGUGGCAGAGGUAUGUGGUGUCCGGCUGAGGCUCCAUUUCGAUGGAUAUUCGGAGUGUUUUGAUUUCUGGACGAACAUUGAUUCACCUGAUAUCCAUCCAGUAGGAUGGUGUGAGAAGACCAAUCGCAAAUUGCAUCUUCCUAAAGGUUAUAAGGAAGAGGAGUUUAACUGGACAAGCUACCUGAAGGCAUGUAAGGGCCAACCAACUCCAAGGAAUCUCUUCAAAGUUCAGAAUGCAACUGUUACUCCUUCAGGAUUUCGAGUAGGUAUGAAGCUGGAAGCAGUGGACAGAAAGAAUCCCUCCCUGAUCUGUGUUGCAUCAGUCACAGAUAUCGUAGACAAUCGCUUUUUGGUUCAUUUUGAUAACUGGGAUGAUACGUAUGAUUACUGGUGCGAUGCGAGUAGCCCAUACAUCCAUCCAGUGGGCUGGUGUCAGGAACAAGGCAAGACCCUCACACCUCCCCAAGGAUAUUCUGAUGCAGAAAAUUUUUCCUGGAAGAAAUAUUUGGAGGAGAUGGGUGCUACCUCUGCUCCAGCUCGUGCUUUCAAAGUGAGGCCCCCGCAUGGUUUCCAGUUGAAUAUGAAGCUUGAAGCUGUUGACAGACGAAACCCAAUGUUGAUUCGAGUUGCCACAGUUGUAGAUGUUGAUGAUCAAAGGAUAAAGGUCCAUUUUGAUGGGUGGAGCCAUACUUAUGAUCUUUGGUUUGAUGCAGAUCACCACGAUAUUCACCCUGCUGGGUGGUGUGCCAAGACAGGUCACCCAUUGCAACCACCACUUUCUUCACAAGACCUUGUCGCAGUUCCAACUCCUGGAGGAUGUCCAACACCUGGAUGCAAAGGUGUUGGGCACAUCAAAGGUGCCCGGUAUACAGGUCAUCAUAGUGCUUUUGGCUGCCCCUAUUCGGAACUCAACCUGAAGAAAGAGUCGAUUCAAGACAGACUUGGAGGAGAGAAACAGAUGACCCUGGUGCCAAUACCUUUUGUUUCAAGAACUAAACGUUUGGAUAGUAACCAUUCAAGUGGCAAGCCAGAGGAGUGUGUAAAUGAAGCAAGAAAAUGUCCCACUCCUGGCUGUGAUGGAUCAGGUCACAUAACUGGCAAGUACACGGCACACCAUCGAGUCUCAGGGUGCCCGCUUGCUGAUCAAAAACAGAUCAAGAUCAAAAUUGAACCACAGGAUGAAGAAGGGCCAUCCGAAAAUAAGCCAGUAUUUUCAUUUGUUCAGCGGAAAAGGACAAAACAUCAAGGCCGGCUCACUCGACCGGCAAAAUACAUGAAAAUGAAAGAGGAAACAGAUGAUGUUGACCUGCAUAGUUUCCUCAAAGAUCUUUCAGUUGACAGCAUGCAACAAGCUCUCCACCAGUCUGUCUUCAUGUCAGCCAUGUCUGCUCACCCAGUUCGUGACCUCCCACUUUGCUGGGAGCAGCAUUGCAAACUACUGCCUGGAGUGGUGAAUUUCCAAGCCAGCAAGGUGUCCAAAUGGAGCAUUGAUGAGGUCGCAAACUUUGUUCAGACACUCCCUGGUUGCGAGGAACAGGCAAAAAUCUUUAAGGAAGAGCAGAUUGAUGGAGAAGCAUUUCUUUUGCUGACACAGGUGGACAUAGUUAAGAUCAUGAGCAUCAAGUUGGGUCCAGCCCUGAAGAUUUACAAUUCCAUUCUGAUGUUUAAAAAUUCUGAAGAUAAUUUGGAAUAAACUUUGUGGAUUAAAAAGGGCAGUAGUUAAGUGAUGCUAUUCAUUUCUGCCAAUGAAUAAUACAAUGAUUCGUAAUGAGUGGCACAUUAAACUGUAUAUAAUUUAUCGGCAAGAUUAACAGGGUAUAUGCAGAUAUUCGAAGACAUUGUUGAAUUAAAGGACUUUUUAGUUACAAGUGUUUGUCAAUAAGAUAUGGUGAAGUCAUUAAGCCGUAGUAGUAGAUGAUACAUUUGCAAGUUUCAUUUGUACAGUAGAUGUGUAGAUAUUUCACAUACAAUUCAGAUUAAAUUACAAUCUUAAACAUAAAUAAUUUAAAAAUACAGUUGGGCAAAAGUAGUUGUCUACCUGUGAGAAAGCAGGUUUAAAGUAUAAAAUGGAAUUAUGCACUUUAACAGUGUUAACAUAUGGAUGUUACCCAGAGCUUAAAACAAGGCAAGAGAUAAUCUGCAAACAGAGCACAAUGUUAAUCAUUUUAAAAUAUGUAUUGAAAUAUGAUAUAAUUCCUAUAGGUUUUUCAAUUACCUUUAUUACCUUCAUCUUUGGAUAUGUUUAGGUGGUGAAAUUACAUUUGCAAAUAUAAUGGAUUAUUCCACAGUUCAUAUUUUGAGGUCAAAUCUUUUUGCAGUGUGCUGCUACAUAUGAUCAAAUGAGGAAGGAUACUGAAAUUUGCUGUUAGAUGAGCACAUUAGCCUUCCAUAUUAACAAUGGACCAGUUUUACACAGCGUCAUGUCUUUCUAGUAGAAAACAAGGAGCAGCCACAUUAACAGAAUAGUGCAAAAAAUCUUGCAACCUCUUCUGCAAUAUAUAUGCAAGCCAUUCUUUUCCACAUACACAAACACAAUUUAAAAUCUUGACUUCAAACAUAACUGUGAAUUAUGCACAAACCAAAAAUACAGCAAAAUGCUGUUGAAUGCAUUGUCUAAUAAAUCAACCUGACAAGAUAAUGCAAGAAUUAACUGCUUAAUCACACAUAUUGUCUGUGUGAUACAAAUAAUUUUCAGUAGAACAGCAGCUUGCAUCCUCCUUACACCUCCAAUUCAUAUCUGUAGAAGAAAGCAAUAUUGCAGAGACUCUGUGUAUAUACCACAACAUUCAUAUAUUCUGAACCUCUGCUGUUCUCUACUGUUGCAUGGAGCUUUAUCAUUGUUUUCAUAAUCUUUCUGUGAAGAAUUCCUAAAGUAUUGAAAGCUUAUCCUCAAGGAACAAAGUGCACCAGUUUUGUAAAUAAUAGGUGCUCCAAAU